UCAGUCGAUUUGAUAAAAGUCACAAUGAGAGCCGUCGCCACAUGGAUAGACAAAGUACAUGAUCGUGACAAAGUUGAGCAAUGUAUCUACGAUCUUGCCUUCAAACCAGACGGCAGCCAACUUAUUGUUGCUGCUGGAAAUCGUGUAUUGGUGUAUGACACAUCGGAUGGAACUCUUAUUCAACCCCUGAAAGGACACAAGGAUACUGUUUACUGUGUGGCUUAUGCUAAAGAUGGAAAACGGUUUGCAUCGGGGUCUGCUGACAAAAGCAUCAUAAUAUGGACUUCUAAACUGGAAGGGAUUCUAAAAUACACCCAUAAUGACUCCAUCCAGUGUGUGGCCUACAACCCUGUCACUCACCAACUGGCCUCCUGUUCCUCUGGGGACUUUGGUCUGUGGUCCCCAGAGCAGAAGUCUGUUUCCAAACAUAAAGUCAGCAGCAAGAUAACAUGCUGCGGGUGGACCAACGAUGGCCAGUACCUGGCCCUGGGAAUGAUGAAUGGGGUGGUGAGCAUCAGGAAUAAAAACGGAGAGGAGAAGGUCAAAAUAGAGCGUCCAGGAGGCUCCUCCUCUCCUAUCUGGUCCAUUGCCUGGAAUCCAUCAAAGGAUGAGCACAAUGAUAUCCUGGCUGUAGCAGACUGGGGCCAGAAGUUGUCCUUCUACCAGCUUAGCGGUAAACAGAUAGGGAAGGACAGAACUCUGACCUAUGACCCCUGCUGCGUCAGCUACUUCUCCAAGGGGGAGUACAUAGUCAUGAGCGGCUCAGAUAAGCAGGCCUCCCUUUACACUAAAGACGGGGUGCGGCUCGGCACCAUCGGAGAGCAGAACUCCUGGGUGUGGACCUGCCGGGUCAAACCAGACUCCAACUAUGUGGUGCUGGGCUGUCAGGAUGGGACCAUAGCUUUCGUCCAGCUCAUCUUCAGCACCGUGCACGGCCUGUACAAGGACCGCUACGCCUACAGAGACAGUAUGACCGACGUCAUCGUCCAGCACCUCAUCACCGAGCAGAAAGUGCGCAUUAAGUGCAGGGAGCUGGUGAAGAAGAUUGCCAUCUACAGGAACCGCCUGGCCAUCCAGCUUCCUGAGAAGAUCCUCAUAUACGAGCUGUAUUCGGACGAUUCCUCCGACAUGCACUACCGAAUCAAGGAGAAGAUCUGCAGGAAGUUUGAAUGCAACCUGCUUGUGGUCUGUUCUCUGCACAUCAUCCUGUGCCAGGAGAAGAGACUUCAGUGCCUGUCCUUCACCAGCAUCAAGGAGAAGGAGUGGCUGAUGGAGUCUCUGAUUCGCUACAUCAAAGUGAUUGGUGGCCCACCGGGCAGAGAGGGCCUGCUGGUGGGAUUAAAGAACGGAGCAAUCCUGAAGAUCUUUGUGGACAACCCGUUUGCCAUCACGCUGCUGAAGCAGUCCACGUCGGUGCGCUGUCUGGACAUGAGCAUGUCCCGCAGCAAGCUGGCCGUGGUGGAUGAACACAACACCUGUCUGGUCUAUGACAUCAACACCAAGGAGCUGCUCUUCCAGGAGCCUAAUGCGAACAGCGUAGCCUGGAACACCCAGUGUGAGGACAUGCUGUGCUUCUCUGGUAGUGGCUACCUCAACAUCAAGGCCAGCAACUUCCCUGUGCACCAGCAGAAGCUGCAAGGCUUUGUGGUGGGCUACAAUGGCUCCAAGAUCUUCUGCCUGCACGUGUACUCCAUGUCUGCAGUGGAGGUGCCUCAGUCCGCUCCUAUGUACCAAUACCUGGAGAGGAAGAUGUUUAAGGAGGCCUAUCAGAUCGCCUGUCUGGGGGUGACGGACAACGACUGGAGAGACCUGGCCACAGAGGCCCUGGAGGGACUGGACUUUGACACGGCCAAGAAGGCCUUCAUCAGAGUGCGGGACCUGCGUUACCUGGAGCUCAUCAGUAGCAUUGAGGAGAGGAAGAAGAGGGGUGAGAGUGACGAUAAUCUGUUCCUGGCCGACGUCUAUGCCUACCAGGGCAAGUUCCACGAGGCUGCCAAGCUCUAUAAACGCAAUGGCUACGACUCCAGAGCUCUGAGCAUGUACACGGACCUGCGCAUGUUUGAGUACGCCAAGGAGUUUGUGGGGGCAGCAGACCCUAAGAACUCUCGGCUGCUGAUGUCCAAACAGGCUGACUGGGCCAAGAACAGCAAGGAGCCGCGAGCUGCGGCUGAGAUGUACCUGUCUGCGGGAGAGCACCUCAAGGCCAUCGACAUCAUAGGGGAGCACGGCUGGGCAGACAUGCUGAUUGACAUAGCCCGUAAGCUGGAUAAGGCCGAGCGCGAGCCCCUGGCUAAGUGUGCGGCCUACUUCAAGAAGCUGAAGCACCACGGCUACGCCUCAGAGACCUUCUCCAAGAUGGGGGACAUGCAGGCCCUGGUGCAGCUGCAUGUGGAGGCCCGCCACUGGGAAGAGGCCUUCUCUCUGGUGGAGAAACAUGUCCAGUUCAAAGACGACGUGUAUGUACCCUACGCCCAGUGGCUGGCGGAGAACGACCGCUUUGAGGAGGCACAGAAAGCAUUCCACAAGGCGGGCCGGCAGAGCGAAGCCGUAAAGGUGCUGGAGCAGCUUACCCACAAUGCCGUGGUGGAGAGCAGGUUCAAUGAUGCAGCCUACUAUUACUGGAUGCUGUCUAUGCAGUGUUUGGACAUUGCCAGGGAAAGUGAAGAGCAGAGGGAGGAGAUGCUGAAGAUGGUUGAACGUUUCCAGCAGCUGGCAGAGCUUUACCACGUCUACCACUCGGUGCAGCGCUACACGGAUGAACCUUUCAGCUCGCAUCUGCCAGAGACGCUCUUCAACAUAUCCAGGUUCCUUCUUCACAACCUCACAAAAGACGUGCCACUGGGCAUCUCCAAAGUUAAUAUCCUGUAUGCCUUGGCCAAGCAGAGUCAGGCCCUGGGGGCCUUCAAGCUGGCCAGACAUGCUUAUGAGAAGCUGCAGGAGCUGCAUGUCCCCGCCCGCUUCCAGGACUCCAUGGACCUGGGCAGCCUCACCGUCCGCUCCAAGCCCUUCCAUGACAGCGAGGACCUGAUUCCCAUGUGUUACCGCUGCUCCACCAACAACCCCCUCCUUAACAGUCAGGGCAGCGCCUGCAUCAACUGCAAACAGCCCUUCAUCUACUCAGCCUCUUCGUACGAGGUGCUACCUCUGGUGGAGUUCUACCUGGAGGAAGGCAUCACUAACGAGGAGGCUGUGUCUCUCAUCGACCUGGAGGUCCCACGGCAGGACCGGAAGGCGGCUCGCUGGCAGGAGAUGAGCAGCGGGGAAUCCCAGUCUCUGAAGCUGGAUGAUGGGAUGGAUGAAGCUGAGGAGGACCCCUUCACGGCCAAGCUCAGCUUUGAGCAGGGUGGCUCUGAGUUUGUGGCUGUGAAGGUGAGUCGCUCCGUGCUGCGCUCCAUGAGCAGGAGGGAUGUCCUGAUCAGGCGCUGGCCCAAGCCCCUCAAGUGGAAGUACUACCGCUCCCUGCUGCCUGACGUCAGCAUCACCAUGUGCCCCUCCUGCUUCCAGAUGUUCCACAGUGAGGACUAUGAGCUGCUGGUGCUGCAACACAACUGCUGUCCCUACUGCCGCAGGCCCAUCGACGAGCCCAACUGAUCCCGUCCUGGAUCACAGCGUCACAGUCGCUGCCUCUCCAGCCGCACUGUUGUCCCUUCACCCUCUCUCAUCUCCAUCCACAUCCCUGCUCAAGGUUCAUCUACAGGGUCUCCUGAAUGUUCGUUGAAACGUUUCUAAUCAUUCUAUCGAUCAAAGCUCUUUAGUUGUCAGACAUUCUGUUUUAGAUGUUGUCACUACGGCAUUAGAUGAGUGCUACUUCCUUCCCGCAUUCGUGAAGUGACAACAUGUUGAUGCUUGUUACAUCACCAGGGUUGUUGCUGUGGUAAACACACAGUCAGACGAUCAACUUGAUAGGAUUAAGGGGAUCAGAUUACUCAGAGAUUAUAUAAUCUUAAAGGAUAUGUACAGUAGAUGAAAUAACUCCAUUCAGACUAACACUAAAAUGUAUUUAUUUUUGGAUCGGAAUGCUACUGAAAAUAUUUAUAUUGAUGCUUUGUAUUGUGCUGGUAUUUUGUCAACGUGGUUGAAUAUUAAGUUUUAACUAGUUGUAUUGUGUUUUUUAUUUUUCUAAAUAAACUUUCCUGUUCCACUGUC